AUGAGUGCCGUAGCCCUGCUGACCCUCCUGGGGGUCACCUUGCUGGCCCGCACGCAGGCCCUGGAUUGCCAGUGGGGAGCGCUGCAGGCGGUGCAGAAUGUGUCCGAGCUGCCCUUGGAGUGGACAGCGGGCCGGAAGUCCUGUGAGCAGGGCGAGGGGUGCCAGGACACGGCGAUCCUCAUUGUCAACGGACCCCAGGUGAACUUGGUGCUCUCCAAGGGCUGCACCCUGGCAGAAGACCAGGAGGCCCGCGUCACCCGGCACCGGGCGGGCCCUGGGCUCUCCAUCACCUCCUACACCCGCGUGUGCCGGCACGGGGACUUCUGCAAUGACCUAUCCACCUCCGGCCCUCUCUGGGACCUGCCCCCUGAGACAGUGCCAGGGACCGUGUGGUGCCCCCUGUGCCUGUCUAAGCAGGGCUGUCCCGAGAACGCCCCACAGCAGCUGUGUCCCGCGGGGCAUGAGCACUGUUACCGUGGUGUCCUCAAACUCAGGGGAGCCGGCAUCGCCUCCAAUCUGAGAGUCCAGGGUUGCAUGCCUGAGCCAGGCUGUAACCUGCUCAAUGGCACCCAGGAGAUGGGGCAUGUGGAUGUGAGUGAGAGCUGCGCUCCUGAGUCAGACGCCCUGACCUGUUACCGUGGGAGCAUGAUCAAGUUGGGCCAGUCACAUCAAGAGCCUGCGCAGUGGACCACACCUGGUACAGAGACCUGCGACGCGGGGGAGCUGUGUCAGGAGACGCUGCUGCUCAUAGAUGCAGGACACAAGUCGCUCCUUGUGGGCAGCAAAGGCUGCAGCCAGGCGGGGGCCCGGACUUCCCAGGAUGUCUCCAUACACUCGGCCCAGCCUGGCUUGCUGGUCGCCUCCUACGCGCGCUUCUGUGCAGCCGACCUGUGCAACCAGGCCAGCAACAGCAGUGUCCUCCUGGAUGCCCUUCCUCCGCCAGGUGGAGUGUUCACCACGGUGAACGUCUGGGGCUGCGCGUCCUCCUCUCCCAGCUCCUUGCUGAACUGGACUCGGAACUUCGGGAUCUUCUCUGCUCAUCCAAUGAGCUCGCGGGAUGCUCUCGCGGUGACCAAUGGGGCUUCGAGCGGCCCCGCCGGCGGCCGCUGGUCCCGCCUUCCGUGCCGCGGGAGGCUGACUGGGGAGAAGGGCCGCUUGGCCGAGGGGGCGCUGCGGGCCGCGCCUGAGGCCGUCGGGAAGCCGCCAGCAACUUUGUUGUGUUAG